AUGGGGGCAGAAGUGGAAAUGAAACUUUUUGAAUUAGUGCAGGUAUUGUCAGGCAUUUGCCGGACUGAAUAUGAUUCUUGCUUUUGUGCUGCGGCACUGUGUGCAUUCAUUGCCCCUGCGGCCGCUGGGUCUGGCAUACCUGAGGUGAAAGCAUAUCUGAAUGGUGUAGAUGCUCAUUCCAUUUUAGCUCUGAGUACUCUUUUUGUCAAGGUGGGAUUUGUUGUGGGUAAGGAAAAACCUAUAGUACACACUGGUGCCUACAUAGCCAACUUUCUUGGACAGGGAGGCUCGAGCAAGUAUCGUUUGACUUGGAAGUGGCUCAGGUACUUUAAAAAUGAUCGAGAUCGAAGGGAUUUGAUUACUUGUGGUGUCGCUGCUGGUGUCGCUGCUGCUUUCCGCUCCCCCGUUGACGGUGUUCUUUUUGCUCUUGAAGAGGCGGCCUCAUGGAUGAUGGGACAUAAUGGGUUUCCAGUUAUUGAUGAGCCACCAUUCUCAGAUGCACCAGAACUAUGCGGGUUGGUUUUGAGGGGGCUUAGGGUGGAGGAUUUGGACAUUAGUGUCGAUGAAAUGGAGAUGUAUGUUGAUCUCCAUCCAGUUACAAAUACAUCUCCAUACACAGUAGUAGAGACUAUAUCCCUUGCCACAGCUUCUGUUCUCUUUCGACAACUUGGUCUCAGACACUUGUGUGUUGUCCCAAAGACACCCGGGCUAAGAAAUUUGUCUUAUUUGUUAUCUGAACGAGAGACCUCCAAUUGUAGGAAUCUUGACACGACACGACUUUAUGGCAUGUGUUGGGACUCUACCCGCAUAUUAUUAGCUGCACAAAUUUACUCAGGCAAGUGA